AUGCGACAACAGCCUCUCCCCCGGGACACAUUCUUCAGUCUCAAGAACGAGUCACAAAUACUGGAGCGUCCGAUUUCAGUAGCAACCGAAUUUGUGGACACGGACUGGGAUGAAGAAGACGAGAUCAUUAGCGACGAGGAAGAUAACUCGCCUCGCAUAAGUUUGCAAUCGGCUGGACAACCCAGUUUCACAACGGUCUCCUCCUACGAUGAGGUACCAACACCAAGGUCGAGUAGAAGCCAAGAGGUUCCAGUGGAAUACUCCCCGAAGCAAGUUGAAGGUCCUCGAGGACCUCAUUUGUUCCGGAACUCAACUGACCACUACUUGCCUACCGAAGAAGAUAUUAUCCUGACACUAUCGCCUAUUACUCCCAAGGGACCUCGAAACAUUACCGAAUUUCUUAUGUCAUCUCAGCCACCACCGCAACCCCGUGCCAGUCCCUUCCAAUACACUGAUGCUGAACUUGACACGGCAGCUCUUGCAUCGUGGACUACUGAAAUGGUUGCGCAGGCUAUGCUCAAUGCUGGCAUUGAGCUGUCCGUGGCUGACCGGUUUAUGGAGAAUGAUAUCAGCGGUGCGAUCUUAAUCACACUGAAGUUCGAAGAUCUCAAGGAGCUUAGCAUCCAGUCGUUUGGUAUCAGAACCAAAGUCUGGCAUCAGAUCCAAGCCUUAAGGGACAGUCAGCCUGCAUCUCCUCGACCAGAGACACCAAUCGAGGAUGUCCCAAGCAGGGAUGUGGUGCGGGAGACUCGAAGAGUGGAAGACAACGGGAUGAGACGUCGCCAGAGCAGCAGACGAAAGAACCGAACAAGGACAAACGGAGACGAUAUCACCCCUAUGGAGUCAGUAUCCAUUAUUGGCAUCGAACAAGUCAUCCCCAAGCCUCACCACUGCUCAAAGGGAGAGAACUGCUCCAAGUACAGAAAACAGCAGCAACUUAUCCGGGCGUUCAAAAAGGAGUACCCCCAUGUCGACAUCAAUGCUACUGGAACCGUCAUGAUUGGUGAUGCUGGAAACCCACAGACAGCUAAAGCACUGGACCCCAACAAGGUCCGCCCCGUCUCAGAUGCUGAGCCUUCUGUCGUUGCAUCCUCUGAUGUUAUGGGCCCUGGUAUGCCUCCCAUUCAGUAUCUUUAUGAAGCUUCUCUUCGUGGAGUUCAGGCACGAGACCCCCAAGACAACGUCAGGCAAUUCCUCAACUUUCAGCAUCAGCACGGGGGAGAGUGUAGCGAGGAUGUCCCCCCUACACCCCCGUUUGCUGGAAUCCAAGCUGCACAGGCCCAGCUUCCUCACCAAGGUCUACGCCGCCUUCCUAAGCUCUCCAUCCCUGGCAAGGCUCCGCUGCCACCCUCGCGACUUGGUGCUUCUUCUGUUCCGCCUCCUCCCCAGAAGAAUCAGCCUCAGAACCAGUCAUAUGUACAACGUCAACAGCAGCAGCAGCAACAACUGCAACAGCAUUACCAUCAGCAACAGCAACCUGCCUUUGCACCUUAUCAGAUGGAAAGAACCAGCCCUCGGUCCCCUGAUUUGGAGAUGACACCCAGGAACAACUUCCGCCAUGGUACACCUUUUUCAGAGCUUGAUGUUCCUGUCACUGCUGUACCCAUUGGUCCUGUUGCUCGAGACUUCUCGCAGUCUGUUCCUCCUGACAUGAACUACCGCACUUCUCCCACCAACAACGUUUCUCCUCCCCGCUGCCAGUCUCGUACUUCAGCCCGCCGCCCAUCUUUCCCCGUGAUGCCCGCUUUGGAGGAAAACAGGUCCAUUAACACGACCAGACCUUCUCAUGGAUCGUCAUCGCCCAAGUCACCACGUGGGUCACGAGCUCAGCAGCCCCUUCAGCCACCUCCUCGGGAUAACCUCCCCUUCUCCCGCGGUCAUCUCAACGGUUCUGAGAAAGUACUGGCACCAUCUAUCACACCCAUCGGUGCCAAGGGCAAGUCUCCCUCUGCCGACUCUGCCAAUGGUAUCAGCCACCAAGGCCCCAUGAAAAAGCGCAAGACCAAGAUGCUUCGACAUGAGUGGCAAGACGGUUACUUCACCCUGAAGGGUUCUCGCCUCAACAUGCACAAGGACUCUGAAGAGUUGGACCGCACUCUCGAAUAUGUUGACAUUGAUGACUACGCCAUUGCCUGCUCAAGCGUGGCUUCUUCUUCCAAGCUUAGCGCUGCUUUCAAGACAAUGCACCUUUCUCGUGGAAGCCACAGCCGCGAGAAGAGUGACCCAGUAGGCGCAUUCGCUUUCCAGCUCAUUCCUCAAGACAAGAACACCGCGCGACUUCGUAAGCGCGAGAGUCACAUCCAGCCCGGCAGCACAAUUCCUGCCGAGGGAGUCAAUGGCACAGGCAAGACACACCACUUUGCUGUCAAGAACCGUGAUGACCGUAUUGACUGGAUGCGCGAGCUCAUGCUUGCAAAGGCUUUGAGACAGAAGGGUGAGGGCUUCGAGAUCAGUGUCAACGGCAACAUGAUCUAA